AGUUGUCCGUGCUGGCUGCCACAGCGCACGUCUGUUGCUUCGCGUUGUUUUUUAAAAAAAGUUAAAACGUCAUAACAUUCCGGAUUCGAUAUUCAAAUAUUUUUUCGUCAGGAAUGUGAUUGGUGGACGCCGUAACGUUUUCAUGUGCCAUAAAUAGUGAUGUACGGUGUGAGUAACGAGUUAACAAAAUACAAAUAAUAUGGGUGUUAUUUUGCUGUUUUUUGUGACGGUCUUAAUACCGUGUGUUUUUGGUCAAAAUGCUGGGGAUUGUUUUGGGGCUGGCAGCGUGGCUGGUGCGGCGAUAGGAGCAUUUAUAGCUGCACUUCUCUUGGUCGCGGUUGCUUAUUAUCUGAGGAAAUUGUAUUGGAAAUCUCGUAAAGGAAAACACCUAGUAUUCUCAAAGGACCCGGAAUCAGUGAAAGACGAGUUCGCGUUCGACAAUCCUGGCUUCCGUCAGGAAGAAAGAACAGCGUGGCAGCAUGACGCACCGACGUUGCCUCUCGGAGGAAAGACACAUGCUCUGCAUGCGGAGUUUACAAAACCGGAGCAGAGUAAAGACGACUCACACAUACACCGCGCUCGAGUAAGACGCGUGAAGCUAUGGGCUCGUGACUUCACGGGUCUGGGCCUGCGGUGCGGUGGCGGAGCGCGAGAGGGAGUGCAUGUCCACUCCGUGCUGAGGAGUGGCCCGGCAGCCGCUGCUAAAUUACAGCCAGGUGACAAAAUCAAGAGCAUCAAAAUCGAGUUCACCGCUACACCGCUAGAGGAUGCUGUUGCUAUACUAUCGCUGGCUUCCCCUUACCCGGUGGAAUUGGAGAUAGUAGAAGGUGGCAGGGCAAGCGGUGCGGGGAGAGGAGUGCACCAUCCUUUGUUGAAGAGAGCUGGGUCUACAGGCGAUGUUAAUACGCUUGAAAGAGAGGCGAGGUUGCUGCACCCUCCAAAGUCACCUAACACGUCACAUUCAAACAACUCCACUUUGGAAACUAAACAUGGAAAAGGAGGAAUAAAAAAAAUCAUCACAGACAAAAUUGCCUCAACAACAACACUAGAGAGAAAUAAAAAAGAGAAAAAAGACGGACAACCCACUACACUAGAGCGAGAAAACGAAAAGAACAUCAAACUUGCAAACCGUGCCAGACAUUCGGAAGUACCACCAGUAAGUUCUAUUUUGAACCAACCUGAACGAACUAGAGUGAGACAUUCAACUGGUAACGACGUUCAUGUGACGCAGACGGAAAAUGGGGGAGCUCAUAUAGAGCAAUAUGAAAUACAAAAGAGAGAAAACGAUCCUAAACGUGGUAUGAAGUUUGGUAUAAGAGUCCUUCCACCUAACGUUCCCGAUGAUGGAGUGCUAAGACAGAAAAGUAUCGAAAAUGGGUCAGUAACUAUCGAAAAGAAAGCAGUAGAUGAGAUUGAUAAAGGACAACAACCUUUAGCUCAACCUUUACCUACUACCCAAGUGAAACAUGAAAAUGAGACAGAAAAUAAGAAACCAGUCGUUGCCAAAAGGAGAGAAAAAAUGGCACCUCCAAUACCCAAUGCAAGACUUAAACACAACGACACAAACUCAAGUCUUGAUGCGUCAAAAACGUCUUCAACUUCACUUACUACAUUUGCUAGAAAUGAUUUGAAUUCAAGUGGCAUUAAAAGGGAUGAGAAUGGGAUACCUCAGGAGUUGCCCCAACAUAUGUUGGAAGCAGCUAUAGCAGCGAGAGUAAAUAGAAGAAGCUCUGAAUUAAUGGUCGACAAAGACAAAGUAGAGAAAGCAGAUCAUAAGAAAGAAGAAGUUCCUAAACAGAGCAAAAAAUCUAAAGGCAAAGCGCCUUCACCGCCAGCGCGAGAGAAAAAUAAAACAGAUGACAGUAUGUUGGAACAAUUGAAGAAUGUUAAUGACUUUUUGAAAAGUGAGAAGCACCAUUCCAGUGUUUUACAUGAUUCGGAAGUAAGUACUCCAACCAAGGCAACCACAUCGACUACGUUUACGACUUUCAAUACAUCGACACCAAAAGCCCAUAAAAUUAAAACCGUUCCACCUUUGGAUGGUUCAAUCAACUUCAGUCAAGACGACAUUGAUGAUAUUGUUUCUAAACCUUUUAGAAAAGAGAGUGAUUCUCUGAAUAACUACUUUGAAGAUUCUAAGUCUAACAUGUCGUCUAACCAAGAUGUUCAUUCUGUUGUGUCAUUUAAUAAUAGCGACAAGAGUGAAAAGGGUUCUACGACGAUUGAAUUGAACAAUAGCGAUAUAACUAUACAUAGUUCUCCUUUGCAUGAUACAAUGCGUUCCGCUUCUGAUGAUACCUCCACGUUGGAUGAGAACGAGCGGAAAGCUGCUUCUCUUGGAGAUCUUUCAAGAUUUGAGCUGAGAGUCAAAAACAAUAAACCAUCUACAGGCACUCUUGAAAGGGCGCAGAGCCUUGAUAUUUCUGCAGAUGAUGAUGGUGGAACUACUUUAUCGCCCAAGAAAAGAAAAGCAAUUUCAGUUGCUGAAACUACUUUCUUUGAUGUAGGGACCCAAGACACUUUGCCUGAUAUGGUCGAUUCAGAAAAAGGAGUCACCAUUAUACAUAAAGAACCGAGGCUUAGCCUGAAUAUUGCUAAGACUUCUGCUAUAGAAGGACUGAACACUUUCCAGAGAAAUCGUUUGAAAAAAGGUUCUGAAUUUGGGAACCUUGAAGAUGCUAUUGUCAAAGGCUCUGACAGUUCUUUAAACUCCGAAAAAAAUGACACUCUUGAAUCCCCGAGAAAGAAAACGAAAACGGAUUUGGAUAAAGAAGAGCCUCACGAAACGUCAGAUCACCUGGCAAAAAGGAUUAUGGAUGAAAACAUGAAAGUUCACCUAAAACUAGUUUCAGAAUUUGCCAAGUCAACUUCAGAUGGAAGUAACAUGAGUUCGUUAGAAAGUACUCAAGAAAUGGCUCCUUCUACGUCAAUUGAAACAUCUCCUAUAAAGUAUGAGGAAAAACUCAGUUUGUCAUACGACACUAACAUACCAGAUGACCUGAAAGUUUCGCGUAAUACUCAUUUAAAUAGUUUAGAAAGACCGAAAUCGGAAAUGAUGAAAAAGCUUCUCGCGAAAAAUCCUAUUUUGAAUGUGCAUAUAGAUCAAAACGUACAAAAGGAUGAUGCGACCACUAGUAAAGACACACCAACGCCAAUGACAGAUUCAUUAAAGUCAGCAAUGCAUCAACCUGACAUUGUUAAUUUUGACUUAAAAAGUUCAGAACCAAAACAGAGAGAUUACGAUGAAUAUGUGAGUAAUAUUAGAGUAGGCUCAAACAACAACAGUUUAAAGUACGACAAACCUCAAACGUUUUCAACAAAGUGGAAGGAGCCAAAAGAAAGCCAUGGCAAUAACAUUGUUACUAUUUCAACAACAGAAAAAAGUACACCUGAAGACAAAAAGAAGUCAUACACAAAGUCUAUAGAGAUCGGUGAACCGAAAAUGAGAUUGAUACCUGAUGUAAUAGAAGGAAUACAAAGAAGAAGCGAUGAAAGGGAAGGAACUACUCUAUACAUGGAACCAGGGAAUGUAUCUUUAACAAUGACUCAAGAACCCGUACAUAAAAAGACAGUUACAGUAAACGUUAUUGAAGAUGAAUAUGGAAACAAAGUAAUCACACAAAAUAUUGAGAAGGUUUCUACUAAAUACAUGGCAGCAAACACUGAAGUUCCUUUACAAGUAGAACAAAUAACUUUUGGUAUAAUGAAGAAACCUGGUGAGAUUGAUGAAAUUAAAUUAGAAGAAGGUGAUGAUAAAGACAUUGAUAGGAAGGUUUUGGAAGAAAUUAAAAAACAGAAUCCCAAUAUGCAUAUUACUAAUGAAGAGCCAGCCUUUACACGUACUGAAACAAUUAUUUUAAACACUGAACUUGAUGAAGAACAAGCAACAGCAUUGAUGGAAAAGUUAAAGAAUGAUCCCAGCUUUAUGGCACAAAAAACACCAGAAGAACUAUCGCAAAUGGGCAUUAAAAUCAUUCAUGACUUGGAAGAUUUGCAAAAGAAAAGUCACGAUACUGUAGAAGUAACAAAAACGCGAUAUACAAUUAACCCUUCCGUGGUUUUAACAGAUAAAUGUAUUAAAGAAAGUCAGAAAGAUUCUGAAGCACAUAAAGAUCAUAUUACAGAAAUUCAAGUUGUGACACCGCGAACUGAGAAAGUGAUGAAACAAAAAUCUGAUGACAAAAUCUCGUAUCGACAAAGAGCACCGUCUUACGAAGAACCCCCUCUAAGUUACGAAUUGGACGUCGAAUUACUAAACGACUUUAUUUCAAACGAACGACACCACUCUGCUAAGCAACUAGCGGAAGUGAAUAAACGAAAAUCGAGCCAGACGUUUAACGAACCAAAGAAACGACAUUCAGAUUUCGACCUACCAAGAAAUAGUCAUAUAAAAUUCAGAACAGCGACUUACGAACCUCCUAAAGGCACAAUUGUAACCAGCACUGACCUUGAAAACCGAAGGCUAUCGCAAUUGGAUCAGAUACAACUACGGUCUGGUAAUGACCAGUUAAUAUCGAGCCAAAAACCUUUGAUUUCGGCAAAACCAAGUAGUAUACCUGUAAAAGCCGAGAAAGUAAAAUCGAACCAACCCGGAGUUUCGUCGAAAAUACCAAUUUUCAGUCAAAAAUCGUUGUCACAGGAGAAUUUGACAGAGAAACAGUUUUCUUUGCCCAGAUCGCCGCCGCCGCAACUGAGUAGCAGCACAAGUAAUAUAUCUGUUACUUCGAUUAAAAGUAACUCUAGAAGCCCUAGCGGUGGUAGAGUGUAAUAUUUCUUUUAUAGCUGACCACACAUGUAUAUGAAGAUAUAUAUAUAUAUAUAUAUAUAUUUGUAAAUAGA